AUGGGCGGGCUCACCACACGAGAGAUGCCAGACCGCAAGACGCGAGCCAACCGCUACGCAGCGGGGGAAGUCCUGGCGGAGGACGAGGAUGGCGACCAGGACUUCUGGGGCCAGGAGUUCUUUGCAGAGGAGGCGGCAGAUGAAGCGUAUGAAACCGAGAGUGAGCCGGAGGACAGGUUGGACCAAGACUUUGACGAGCCGGAGGAGGAGCCUGGUUCCGGCGAGGACAGCGAUGCAGCCGAGGCGGCGGUCCGCGAACCCAAGAGGAAGGCGCUGAAGCCGCCGGACCCGGGGGAGAGGCGAGGCGUGCGCGCCUCCACACGCGCGCGGGUGGAGGAUGGGGAGGCGGAGCGCAGGAGGGCAAAUGAUCAGGCGGAGCUGCUAGCAGAGGCGGCGCGCACCGAGAUUGAAAACCUGCGCUCUCUCGCGGCGCUGGAGGCCGCCGCGGCCGAGGUCAGGGCGUCGGCCGACGUCCAGCGCACGCGAUACGUGGGUCCCAUGCUGCGCUGGGCCUCACGGCGUGUAGGCGACACAGAACAGACCACCCUGGAGGUGCGAAACAUGGCGCUGCCGCCGGAGCUGGAGAGACAAGUGGCGCCCGAGCCUCCCCCGCCAGCUCGCUGCGCCGUCACGGGCGCCUUGGCCCGCUACCGGGAUCCAGUGAGCGGGGCCCCCUAUGCAGACUUGCAGGCCUUCAGGCUCCUGCGCCAGGGGAGGGCCUGA